AUGCCGCUUUUCGAUGUGCGUGUUCUACUCAUCUAUGUUAGAGAAACAUCUACCCCGACAUAUCCAAUAACUUCCGUUAUACUUACAGGAACUGAAACUGUUUCUACUGCGAGCACAGCAAGUGUAGUUACAACGAAUUUGUCAAUCCAUGCAGGAUCCACUAUUGCUAUAUAUAUAGGUAUCGGUGUUGCAGUUGGAUUAGUGUGCGCAAUCGGAGCAGUGGUUGGCAUUAUUGUACUACGAAUAAGAGGUACAUUUGCGUGCAAAAAUAGGAAGAAUACUAAUACAAAUGACACUUCAACCGCCGGAUCACUCACGUUAGCAAUCAUAUCGCAUGGCAAUACCGGUGAAAAUCAUAAAGAUUGCGUGCAAUCAUUUGAUGGCAGUGUCGAUCAUUAUACCACAGCUGUUGAACCAAAUGAGAGCAACUGUGAUACUGAUCAUUAUUAUUCAACCGAGGUCACUGAACAAACAUAUGAACGAAUGAAAGAUUGCAACGAUGAGUAUGACCACACAACGAAUAACUUAUCAUCUGAAUCCGAUAGGAAGACACGGGACAAUAUCUACAAUAAACUCAAGGCAGACCAGCACGGAGACUAUGACCACUUUGCAAGACCCGAGCAUAACCUGUCCCGCCCGGGCAACGACUACAAUACAGCUUAUUUGGCAAGCAUGAAUGACGGCAUCGGAGACUAUAAUCAUAUUGUUAGUACAACCACUGAACGAGUAAAUGGCAAAACAUAUCGUGAACAAGGGGGCUAUGCUUUUUUGCAUGGGAUAAAGACAAAACUGCCACCAUGCGACGAUACGGAUUUUGCUCACGCCAAAAUUUAGACAGGAAUAUAGUAAGGUAAUGAUGGAAUAGUUUUGUGUAUGUAAAUAUUAUGUGACUCAAACGCUGAAACAUAUAUGUAUAAAACGUAUUGAUCUUGCAUUUUUUAAACGUUCAAUACCUAUUUAGCUAUAGUUUUACCUUACUUGGCGUUGUGAUACAUACUUGCCCCGUGAAGAAAACACAACUCUUAACACUAACACCGUUGCAACGACAUGCAUGACAAACGUGCAAUUGUUUAAAAGUUUAUUUAAAUAUCGUUCUACCGAACAAUAGAACAACUUUGAACGGGAACCACAGCUCGAACGUGCCAUUAGCACACAUCAAAUUGUUUCGAAAGUAUUCACUCGUCUGUAUUUACGGUAUCGCGCAUAUAAUCUUUAUUCGAAAUAUGUUAAUUAAAUAGAUGUAAAUUUACUCUUACGGAAUCCUUGGUAUAUUAAAAAUUAUACCAUUUAAUUAAAACAUUAUAUAUGGUGUAACACCUGCAAUAAUUGAAACAUGUUCAUAGCAUCGAACGAGUAGUGACGUGACGUUUAUGCGUACGUUGUUUUAU